UUCCUAUACGAGGGGGAAGAAACAGAGAAUCCUAAACUCCUUCCAAAGACCUAAUAUUUGAAGCCCUAACAUAGUGUAGUUGUGCCGUCAUUCUCCUUAUUUCAUUUUUGCUUUUGUGAUCAUUCAAUCUAUCCUUAGUUCUCCCUAUAUUGUAGAUCUGUAGUUUAGUUUCUUAGAUUUUCCGUUCCAGAGUUUUGUUUCGGAUCAGGAGGUUCUGAAUCGACCUCGGUCGCAAUUUCGUUAAUUUCAUUUGGUUCUGAAUCGUCCUCAGGGUUGGAUUUUUUCUCUUGUUUUUUGUUGGUUAAAAACUUCGUAAGUUGGUGUGUUUCUAUCGGUAGUUUCCUUAUUUGACAUUUGCUUCUGUGAUCAAUUAAUCUCCAGUUAGUUCUCUGUUUUAUAGAUCUGUAGUUUAGUUUCGUUUUUGCAUCCGAGGUCAGGAGGUUCUGAAUCGACCUCAGACGCAAUUUUGCGAGUUACAUUUUGAUUCUUCGUUUUGCAAGCAGAAAGACGACGCUAUGUUGGUCACUAAUUUGUCUUUCAGUGACAGUUCUUCUUACUUUCCGGAGGAAGAACCGGGAUCAAUCUCCGACAAGAAGAUGACGCUUCAGGUUUUCAAGGUUUUAUCGUUUCUUCUAACUUUGCGGAAGAAGAACCGGAUCGAUCUCCGACCAGCGUUGCUGACAGUUCAAGCAAGCUCUGUUCUCUGGGUUUCAAGGUUUUGGCUUUUCUUCUUACUUUGCGGAAGAAGAACAGGAUCAGUCUCCGAAAAGGUAUGAUUUUUCUGGUUUUUCUUGGCUGAAGGUUUGAUGUUUCUUCCGACCGCUCUCCGACCGAUUCCAAACAGGGUUUGAUGUUUCUUCUGAUUCAAUAUAAAAUGGGGAAUCGAUUGAGGAAUUGCCGAUUCCGAUGAACACAACCCCAGUCAUUUUUUUUAUUUUUUUUUACUUUGGUUGCCAGAGACACGUCAUCAAUUAAAUGGUCGAGCAAGUGAGUCGGGUUUUUGGAGGUUUAUGCCUCUCUGUUACCCACACCCACACCCACACCCACACCCACACCCACGUAGACGGUUGGUGAUAUAUCGUGGAUGACAGGCUGUCAAGUAAAAAAAGAAAAGAAAAAAAAAAAAAAAGGAAAAGGAAAAAUAAAAGGGGUUAAGUUAAUUCUCUGUGUCAUUUUAGAUGGUGGUGCACCGAAAGAUCUCUGGUUCGUCAGAGCUUUAGAGAUUGGUAUCGGGGAGAGUAUCGUUUACUUGCCGAUACCAAAACGCUCCGCCAUACCGAGACCGAUCUUCAGUCCCUCGUAACAGUGUUGGGAUGGAAGAGUCGAUUAAAUCUUUUUCGUUCAUGCAACAUGCAAGAGUUGUUUGAAGUUAGCACGCUGGGCUCAACCAAUGGAUGGGAUUGGAAUGAGAGGGGCAGGGGGGGACUUUUCCAAGGGUGGAGGAGAGAGGGGCAGGGGACUCUCUAAAACCCUAAUCACCCUCAUCCCGAUUUCAUUCAACAACACAAACUAAACCGCUCCUUCUCUAAAGGCAACGAGUGCUUCUUCAAUCUCUUUUCCCUAUAUUAUAAUUUAGUUUCAUUGAUUUUCUGUUCUUGGGUUUUGCUUCUUCAACCUCUUGUUCCGACAGUCUCUAGCCAAUGGAAGUGGUUGCGCUAUCGGAGACUGCCAGCGUGGCUGAGAACCAGCCAGUCGAGGAUCCUCCAUCGUUCAAAUUCUCUUGGAAUAUUAAAAAUUUUUCGAAUUUGAAAGACAAUAAGCCCUACUACUCCGAUUUUUUUUUCGCUGGGGGUUACAAGUGGGGAGUGCUGAUUUAUCUUGACCAAGAGCAUUUGUCCAUGUAUCUAGUUGUUGUAGAUUCGGCAAAGUUGCCUUGGAAAUGGUGUAUAUGCGGUCAAUUCAGCUUGACUGUGAUAUGCCAAAGCGAUAGAGAGAAAAAUAUUAGAUCAGAGUCAGAGACACAUCACCAAUUUAAUGCUCGAGAGAGUUGCUGGGGUUUUCAGUGUUUCAUGCCUCUCAGUAUACUAGGGGAUCCUCAUGGCGGAUAUAUUGUGAAUGACAUAGUAACAGUUGAAGCUGAGGUUGCUGUCAAGGCUGUGUAUGACUCGAAAAAGGAAACGGGUUAUGUUGGACUCAAGGAGAAAAGACCAAACUGUUACUUGAAUUCUCUCCUCCAGACUUUGUAUCAUAUCCCUUUGUUUAGAAAGGUUGUGUACCAUAUUCCAACAACCGAGAAGGAUAUGCUAUCAGGGAGCACCACCCUGGCUCUUCAAAGCUUGUUCUAUGAGCUUCAGUACAGUGACACGUGUGUUGCGAUUAAAGAGCUGAGAAAAUAUUUUGCAUUCAUGCAACAUGGUGCACUAGAAUUUAAUAGGCUUAUUUGUGAGAAGCUGGAAGAUAAAAUGGAGGGAACUGUUCUGGAGGGUAGAGUACAUGAGCUGUUUAAAGGGAUGUAUAUAAGUAGCCUUGAAUGCAUCAAUAUGAGCUUCAAGUGUUCUAAAUGGGUUCCAUUUCAUGGUCUUCAGCUUGAUGUGGAAGGCUGUCGAGACGUCUAUGCUUCUUUUGAUAAGAUUGUGCAAUUUCAAUGCCCUGUGGGCGUUGAAAAGCAUUUUACUACACAUGGACUGCAGGAUGCUAGGAGGAGUUUCCUGUUCUUGAACUUCCCUCGCAUACUCCUUCUUGAGCUAAAACGGUUUGAGUAUGAUGAAUGGGGGUUCAUUACUGUGAAGGUAAAUGAUCGUUAUGAGUAUCCUCUCCAAUUGGACCUUGAUCGGGACAAUGGAAAAUAUUUGUCACCUAAAGCAGAUAGGAGAGUUCGCAACCUUUAUAACCUUCACAGUGUUUUGGUUCACAGUGCUGAGGUGCAUAGUAACCCUUAUUGUGCUUUUAUCAGGCCGACCCUCUCUGAUCAAUGGUUCAAGUUUUAUGAUGAACGGGUAACAGAGGAAGAUACGAUGAGGGCCUUGCAAGAGCAGUAUGGUGGUGCGAUGAAGAUGAAUCUUGGCUUCAACAACAGUCCAUAUAAUUUGACAAAUUACUCAAAUGCCUACAUGCUUGUCUAUAUACGUGAAAGUGAUGAGGAGGAUAUACUGUGUAGCGUGAAUGAGGACGACCUAGCUGAACACCUUAGGUCACAUUUGAGGAAAAGAAGGGAAGGAAAGGAGCACAAGAAAAGGGAAAAGGUUGAGCGUCGUCUUUAUACAGUAAUAAAGGUUGCACGAGAUGUGGAUCUCUUUGAGCAGAUUGGGAGGGAUAUUUAUUUUGGCCUUGUGGAUCAUGAUAAACUCACGAGCUUCCGUAUUCAAAAUCAAGUUCCUUUUAUCCUUUUCAAGGAAGAGGUUGCCAAAGAGUUUGGCAUUCCAGUGCAGUACCAGCGCUUUUGGCUGUGGACCAAGGAGCAUAACGGUACCUAUCGGCCGUUGACUUGUGAGGAAGAACAACGAUCUGUUGGACAGUUGAAGGAGGUUUCGAAUGAAGCCAAUAAUACAAAAAUGAAAUUACUCUUGGAGGUGGAGCUUGGGCCGGAUCUACAUCCUAUUUCGCUACCCGUAAAGAAAACAGAUGAUAUUCUACUUUUUUUCAAGCUUUUUAUCCCAGAGAAACAUGAGCUCCGGUAUGUUGGAAGGCUUUUUGUUAAGGGUCGUGGUAAGCCUGUGGAUAUCCUAACAAAACUAAAUGCAAUGGCUGGCUUUGACCCUAAUGAAGAUAUUGAUCUUUAUUUGGAAAUUAAGUUUGAUUAUUUUUUCAAGUGUGAACACAUUGACAGGAAACUAACUUUUCGAUCUAGCCAGAUUAAAGAUGGGGACAUUAUUUGUUUUCAGAAGUGCCCCCCUCCACACAGUCUACAUAUUGAUGUUCCAUUGUUUUUGGAAUAUGUAUAUAAUCACCAGGUGGUUCGUUUCCGAUCUCUAGAGAAACCAAAUGAGGAUGCUUUUAGUCUUGAGCUGUCAAAGCUCUACACAUAUGAUGAUAUUGUGAAACAUGUUUCUCGCAAACUUCUGUUAUUAGAUCCAUCCCUUAUGUUGGAUGAUCCAUCCAAAAUUAGGCUCACAUCCCAUGAUUUGCGACCAAUCAAGUACCUGGAGGAGCUUCAUUUGUCAGACAUGCUGGUCUGCAAUGGUCAGACUUCAGAUAUCUUGAGCUUUCUCAUGCCAAAGUAGAACUCAGAAUGCUUGGCGUUUCCAAUCACAUGAUCUGUGGGAGCAUUCCUCCAUGCCAAAAGAUCAAGUAUUUAAACUCUUCUUCUUCGUCGCAGUUGCGUGUCGAGGAGAUUCCUGAUGAAGAGAAUAACCUGGAUACUGAGGAUCAUCUGAUUGCAGUUUUCCAGUUUAAGAGAGAUAGCUCCGGAAUGCUGAUGUGGAAGUUUUCAUUUAUUUCAAUCUGGUCUUCCAAGUCUGGUCAAGAUCUUCAAGAUUCCGACAUCUUAUCCAGUCAUUUUCGGGAAGGGUAUACCAAGGGACAAUUUAAUAAACAACUUGGAGUGGAGCACCCUAAU